GGUGUUUACACGCACACACGUUCGUUCUCAGUGGAUGCAAGCGGUUUGCCUAUAGUGUAGCCUUGUGUCUGCAGGAUCGUUAAUUAAGCUACAUGACGGCAGAAGUUAUUGAUUGCAUUUUCAGCUAACUAAAGCCAUAGUUCGGAUCGUUGACCUAUUCUAAAAUUAAACUCGCACUUUGUAUAAAAUGAUCCCAGAGUUGUCCAACCCGUCAGUAUGUAUGAGAGAUCCUCAAGGGGUGGAGGAUAUAAUUAAGGCUAUGCACAAGGCUGGCCCCAACACUAUUCAGGUCAUUUCAGACUUUGACAUGACCCUCACGCGUUUCGCCUACAACGGGAAACGGUGCCCCACCAGCCACAAUAUCCUGGACAAUAGCAAGCUUAUUAGCGAUGACUGCAAACAUCAGCUAAAGGACCUGCUUGACGAAUACUACCCCAUAGAGAUAGAUUCCAAUCGGACAGUGGAGGAGAAGCUGCCUCUCAUGGUGGAGUGGUGGACUAAAGCCCAUACACUUCUUGUGCAGCAGCGCAUCAGGAAGGACCUGCUACAGGUUGUAGUAAAAGAGUCUGAUGCUAUGCUCAGGGGGAACUACCAGCUGUUCUUUGACCACCUGCAGGAGCACCACAUCCCACUGCUCAUCUUCUCUGCCGGGAUAGGAGACGUACUGGAGGAGGUGCUCCGCCAGGCCGAGGUCUUCCUCCCCAACAUCAAGGUCUUCUCCAACUACAUGGACUUUGACGAGGCUGGUGUACUGAAGGCAUUCAAAGGAGAGCUCAUUCACACCUACAAUAAGAGGGAGGGAGCUCUGCUCAACGCAGGCCACUUCGAGGAGAUCAAGUUCCGCCACAACAUCCUGCUUCUUGGUGACUCUCUGGGUGACCUGACCAUGGCAGAUGGCGUGCACAACCUGGAGAACAUCCUCAGGAUCGGCUUUCUCAACGACAAGGUGGAGGAGAGGAAGCCUUCCUACCUGAAGGCCUACGACAUCGUUCUGGUGGAGGAUGAGACCAUGGAUGUGCCGAAUGCCAUACUGCGUUACCUCACCAGCACCAAGUAACCUGACCAUGAAACUCAUCGGCCAAUCAGCGCAGAGGGAUCUGACGCUGCAUGAAAAAUGUCGUCCUGGUUCAUAAUGCUGUAGCUAAGGAAGUAGACAGAUAUAUUGCGAUGAGAUAAUUCACAAUAGUAUUUUAUUUUAUUUGUAUUUUACUAAAACUCCAACGUGUGUGUGUGUUCUGUUGACUCACAACGAGAUCGAGGGCAGCUACUACUUCAGAGUCACACUAUCAUCAUGUCUCAACAACACAUCACAUUCCCAGUUGUGUUUACAAGCCAACGAUGUUCCAGCUGAACAGCGGAGAACUAGGGCACCUCCGCGUCUGGGAGAUGUUUGGGGUUUAUGGGUUCAAAUGUUUCUGGUUAUAUGUGUCCUGUCUACAUACUGUAUUACGAAUGUGCUCUGUGGAUGGAUGUGGUUUCUGAAUGUGUGGAUCUCUGUGUUUCUGUAAUCUGAAGGUAUGGAAGCUGAAGUAGAAACGGUUGGUUUGUUAUUCUUAUAUCUUUCUACAUUUUAACAAUGUUUUACAAAGGGAUACAAUUAUGUUAUAGAUUGAAGGGCAACUUAACUUUAAAAGUCGGUGUUUUCAAUACUGUAUGCCAUCCUUGUUUUGCUUAACUUUGUCAUUUUUCUUAAUUUGUUAGGAUUAUUACAUUCAAUUAUUUCCAGAUUAGGUUCUUUUUCAAUUUUAUUUUCAGCUUUUAAGAAUUGCUUCUCUUAUCUUGGAUAUAAUUUAGCAUGAAACUUGAUGACAUGUCACAGACAAUUUCAAUGAUGUAGAGCCAGACUGAUUACCACUGUAAAUAAAAAUAAUUCAAGUUCAGGAGAGAUCCA